CGGGAUUCAGCCGGAAUCACCUCGCGACCGGCUUCCGGGAAGAUCUUCCGUCCGUCCGGCUCUGCGGACUCAAGGAGAGAAAGGAAAAAACGUUCCACAGUGUAACCACACUUGGGACCUUUUGAAAAGAUUAAUUAAUAUUUGUACACAGGUCCACGUCCGCCUCCCCAUGCAGAACUCCGUGAAAUGAAUAAAGCACCACAGCCUAUAACAGGACCCCCCUCCAUCCCCCACCCUGCCCCCUCCCCCGGCCUGUCACAGCCCUCAUUCCCCCCUGGGCAGCCCCCUUCUGUCGUGUUUGCCACCCCACCGCCUCCACAAAUGAACCCUGCACCACAACCCCGACAGUUUGCCCCAGGGCCCCGACCUAUGCACCAACAGGGAAGCUUCAGGUCGCUACAGCCCUAUUACACCAACAGGGCCACCCUGCCACCCAGCAGCGGGCCUCGGGGUGUCCCUCCCAACAGCGGCCCCCGGCCUGUGACGCCCACCCACGUCUACCAGCCGGGCCCCGGCUCUCAAAUGAUGAUGAUCCCCGGGCAACAACUGCCCUUCCCCAGCUCGCCGCAGGGACCCGCCUACUUCAUACCUGGACAGUACCGGUCCGCAACCUACGUGGCCACACCUCAGCAGUACCCGGUCCCGGCCGGCACCCCAGGCUUCUACCCGACCACCAACACCGCUGAAUAUGGUACUUAUGCAGGGGCCUACUACCCCGCCCAGGCCCAGUUCACCCCCUCGGUGCAGGCGGCACCCGUCAUCAUGAACCCGGCCCCCCAACAGCAGCCGCAACCACCACCUCAGCCCCCCCAACACAUCUCCACCAAACGGGAACGGAAACAGAUCAGAAUAAGAGACCCGAACCAAGGAGGUCGAGACAUCACAGAGGAGAUUAUGUCCGGGGGCCGCAGUGGCUCUACCCCAACCCCGCCACAGACAGCCAUAUCAGAAAGUACAGCAGUGGUUCAGUCCAACGGUGAGAGCAUCACAGCUGCUGUCACACUGGUCAGACCAGAUGACAGAGGGAAGCCUACGUCCCCUCCUCCGUCAAAGACCCCUGAACUUGCGAAGGGAAACCCCGCCCCCGCAAAGGCGUCCUCCUCUGACACGAACACUAAGCCCCGCGCCUCCCCUCUUCCAUCAGAAGACACUAUUCCGUCGCCCGCACCCAGCGUGCCGGUUGCGGAUGUGAUGGAUGCUCCCAGGAAAGCCACCCCGACCCCGCAGUCGGCGCCCGAGGUGCCCGCCUACCCUGCGCCCCUCCCCGACCCCGUCUCCGCCGCACAAGACAAAACGGACAAGAGAACCGCAGAGGCAAAGAGGGAAGAGGUAAAAGAGGAGGUGGCUAACGCAGCAACCGCCGCCGCCGCCGCCUCUCUGGCUCCGCCCCCCUCCGCCACUAACGGCGUCGCGGAGCCGGAAAGGCCGUCGGUCGCGGCGCCGUCCUGUCACCCGGAGGCCCCUCUGGAGUCUCCCAUUGCACAGCCGGAGGAGCUCCGCCUCCCCAACGGGCUGCCGCUGCCGGCCCCUCGAGACCCCGAGGUGCCCGCCGCCGGCUCGACGGAGCGCGACGACAGCCCCAUCGCCGAGCCGGACGUCGGCGAGGAGCGCGUCACGCGAACCUCCAGGGCCGUCAUGCAGGUGACGCCUAAAGCCGUCACUCAAGCGCCGCCUAAAGCCGUCACUCAAGCGCCGCCUAAAGCCGUCACUCAAGCGCCGCCUAAAGCCGUCACUCAAGCGCCGCCUAAAGCCGUCACUCAGGUGACAACUAAAGCCGUCACUCAAGCGGCGACUAAAGCCGUCACUCAGGUGACACCUAAAGCCGUCACUCAAGCGCCGCCUACAGCAGUAGCUCAAACGGCACCAAGGGCAGUCAUUCAAGCGACGCCUACAGCCGUCAAUCAAGUGACUCCGACAGCCGUCAAUCAAAUGACACCGACAGCCGUCACUCAAGCUGCAGCUACGGCCGUCAGCCGGGCUUCGCCGACAGCCGUCACUCAAGCGGUGCCUACAGCCGUCACUCAAGCGGCGCCUACAGCCGUCACUCAAGCGGCGCCUACAGCCGUCACUCAAGCGGCGCCUACAGCCGUCACUCAAGCGCCGCCUAAAGCCGUCACUCAAGCGCCGCCUAAAGCCGUCACUCAAGCGCCGCCUAAAGCCGUCACUCAAGCGCCGCCGACAGCCGUCACUCAAGCGGUGCCUACAGCCGUCACUCAAGCUGCGCCUACAGCCGUCACUCAAGCGGUGCCUACAGCUGUCACUCAAGCGGUGCCUACAGCUGUCACUCAAGCGGCGCCUACAGCCGUCACUCAAGCGGCGCCUAAAGCCGUCACUCGGGUAGCGCCUGAGCCCGUCACUCGGGUAGCGCCUGAGCUCGUCACUGAAGCAGCGCCUACAGCUGCAGCGCCUACAGCUGCAGCGCCUACAGCUGCAGCGCCUACAGCCGUCACUCAGGCGCCGCCUACAGCCGUCACUCAGGCGCCGCCUACAGCCGCCACUCAGGCGCCGCCUACAGCCGCCAUUCAGGCGCCGCCUACAGCCGCCUCUCAGGCGCCGCCUACGCCCGUUGUCGAAGCUGCACCCACCUCUGCUGAGCAGCCUGCGCCGGCCGUCCAGGAGAUCCCUGAGUCUCCGGCGGUCGAAGCGGCAGCACCCGCCGAGCCCGAGGUUAAAGACACGGCUCCUCCGGUCGCCCCGGACAUCAAAGAAGACGCCACAGUGCCCCUCUCUUCCGCGGAGGAGACGCCGUCUCCCGCGGAGGAGACGGUUUCCACGGCCGACGUCGCGCCAGCGGCGGUGCCCGCUGCCCCCUCUCCCACAGCAGAGGAGAGGGAGGACACGCCUCCUCCCCAGGCGGUCACACCUGCCCUCGUAGAAGCUACUAUGCAAGCCGCCGUGUCUGUGCCAAAGAAAAAGAGGAAGAUGAAGGAUCUGAACAAAAAGGAGGCAGUGGGAGACCUCCUGGAUGCCUUUAAAGAGGAGCAAGUGGUGUCUCCACCGGAGCCCAAGCCGGCCCCUGCACCAGAGACCAAGCCCCCCGCCGCUACCCCUCCCGCCCCGGAGGACCCCGACCUGACCUGGGAGGACAAGGAGGACAAGGAGGGCAAGCUGGCCGCUGAGAAGAUUCAGCCCAACGCCGACAAGAAGUACCAGUACAAAGAAGAACAAUGGAAGCCGAUCAACUCGGAGGAUAAGAAGCAUUACGACAGAGAGUUCCUUCUGGGCUUCCAGUACAGCUCGGCCAGCAUGAACAAGCCCGAGGGUCUACCGGCCAUCAGUGACGUUGUCCUGGACCAGGCUAACAAGACCCCUCUUCGUCAAAUGGACCUCAGUCGUCUACAAGCAAUGACCUGCGGCCCCGACUUCACGCCCUCCUUUGCCAACCUCGGCAGACCUGGAAUGGGAAGUGGAGGAGGAGGAGGAGGAGGAGGAGGCGGCGGCGGAGGAGGAGUAGAAAGAGAAAGAGGAGGAGAAAGAGGAGGCAGUGGUGGCCGAGGACCGCCCCCGGGUAUGGGCAUGGGUAUCGGCGGCCCGCGUCGCUCUCAGCAGUUGCCCCGCAAAGAGGUGCGUAAAUUCAUCACCACCAUGUCGCUCGGCGAAGACGUGCAGCACAAGGCGGAGAAGGCCUGGAAGCCCUCGGCCAAAAAGGCCGUGCGCGGCCCCAGCGCCGCCGAGGAGCCCGAGGAGAGCGACUCAGGAGAUCGCCAAGACAGGAGACUGUUCAAGAGGGUCCGCAGCAUCCUCAACAAGCUGACCCCCCAGAAGUUUCAACAGCUCAUGAAACAGGUGACGGAGCUGACCAUCGACACCGAGGAGAGGUUGAAAGGAGUCAGUCUCACCUUCGAGAAGGCCAUCUCCGAGCCGGACUUUUCGGUGGCCUACGCCAACCUGUGCCGCUGCCCUCAUGGGGGUAAGACGUUUCUCAAAGUCGAAACCACAGAUAACCCGGAAACCACUGUGAACUUCCGCAAGCUGCUGCUAAACCGAUGCCAGAAGGAGUUUGAAAAGGACAAAGACGACGACGAGAUCUUUGAGAUGAAGCAGAAAGAGCUGGAUGCCGCCUCAGUGCCGGAGGAGAAGCAGCGGCUCACCGUGGAGCUUCAGCAGGCUAAAGACAUAGCCAGGAGGCGCUCGCUGGGCAACAUCAAGUUCAUCGGCGAGCUGUUCAAGCUCAAAAUGCUCACGGAGGUCAUCAUGCACGACUGCAUCGUGAAGCUGCUCAAAAACCACGACGCCGAGUCCCUGGAGUGCCUGUGCAGACUGUUGUCCACCAUCGGCAAGGACCUGGACUUUGAGAAGGCCAAGCCUCGUAUGGACCAGUACUUCAAUCAGAUGGAGAAGAUAAUCAAGGAUAAGAAGACCUCCUCCAGGAUCCGCUUCAUGUUGCAGGAUGUGAUCGACCUCCGACGGAACAAUUGGGUGUCCCGGCGAGGCGACCAGGGCCCCAAGACCAUCGACCAGAUCCACAAAGACGCCGAGCUGGAGGAGCACCGGGAGCAAAUGAAGGUGCAGCAGGCCCUCAUCUACAAGAAGGACCCGGGCCCCGGAGGCCGCAUGGGUGGUGGAGGAGGAGGAGGUGGAGGAGGAGGUGGUGGAGGUCGCGGGGGCUCUCACAACCCCGGCCGGGGCGCCCCUCCCCAGGACGAGGGCUGGAACACGGUGCCCAUCUCCAAGAACCGACCCAUCGACACCUCUCGCCUUAGCAAAAUCACUAAGACUCCUGUUCUCGACUUCAACAAUCAGCUGCUCGCCCCCGGCGGUAAAGGCACCUGGGGCAGCUGGGGAAAGGGCAGCAGCGGCGGCACCACGGCCAAACCUGCAGAAACUGGCCCGGAGCCAGGCGGCCGUCCGACCACCAGCACGGUGAACAGGUUCUCGGCCUUACAGCAGCAGUCGGCGGCGUCCUCGGGCCCGGCCCAGGACUCGGACCGACGGGUUCCUCAGAGGAACAGCUCGAGUCGAGAGCGCGGCGAUCGCGGCUUCGACCGCGACCGAAACCGCCUGCAGAUCACCAAGCGCAGCUUCAGCCGGGAGACGGAAGAGCGGAGCCGGGACCGAGAGCAGCGCGGCUCGGCCGAUCCCGUCCGCCGGGUGGCGAGCAUGACGGACGACCGAGGCAGCCGGGACCGAGCCAGGAGCAAAGAGAACGUAAAGCGGGAGAAAGCCGCGACCCCUCCGCCUCCCCCGACCCCCACCAAGCCCGCCUUGACCGAGGAAGAGCUGAGCAAGAAGUCCACGGCCAUCAUCGAGGAGUACCUCCACAUCAACGACAUGAAGGAGGCUCUGCAGUGUCUGCAGGAGAUGAACAGCGCUCAGCUGCUCUUCGUGUUCGUGCGAAACGGGAUGGAGUCGACGCUGGAGCGCAGCACCAUCGUCAGGGAGCGCAUGGGGCUGCUCCUGCAGCAGCUCAUCAAGGGCAACAUCCUCCAAAGGCAGCAGUACUACAACGGGGUUCAGGAAAUCCUGGAGGUGGCUGAAGACAUGUCGAUAGACGUCCCCCACAUCUGGCUGUACCUGGCGGAACAGAUCACUCCCAUGCUCCACGAGGGAGGCAUCCCCAUGGGAGACCUCUUUAGGGAGAUUUCAAAGCCUCUGAUCCCUCAGGGUCAAGCUGGAGUCCUGCUGGUCCAAAUCCUCACUUUACUCUGCAAAGGAAUGAGUCAUAAAAAGGCGGGCGCCAUGUGGAGGGAGGCCGGCCUCCGAUGGAAAGACUUCCUCCCCGAAGACGACGACGUCAACAAGUUUGUGACGGAACAGAACGUCGAGUUCACGCUCGGCGACGACUCCGAGGACAAAGAGGAGGAGGGGGAGAGCAAAAAGAAGGAGCUGAGCUCUGCAGAGCUGACCAAGCAGCUGGAGAGACUGAUCCAGGACCAGGCCGACGACCAGAGGAUCUUUGACUGGGUCGAGGCCAACCUAGACGAGCAGCAGACCUCCUCCAACAUGUUCGUCAGAGCCCUGAUGACCUGCGUCUGCCAGUCGGCGGUCGUCUGCGAGAACCCCAACAAGGUGGACGGCGAGCGGAUCAAGGAGCGCGCCGUGGUGCUGCACAAAUACCUGAAGGACGAGCAGAAGGAGCUGCAGGCUCUGUACGCCCUGCAGGCCCUGAUGGUGCAGCUGGAGCAGCCUGCCAAUCUUCUGCGGAUGUUCUUCGACGCCCUUUACGACGAGGACGUGAUCAAGGAGGAGGCCUUCUACAAGUGGGAGUCGAGCAAAGACCCCGCCGAGCAGCAGGGGAAGGGCGUGGCCCUGAAGUCCGUCACCGCCUUCUUCACCUGGCUGCGCGAAGCCGAGGACGAAUCUAGAGACCUGAACAGAGACCGGGAGCCGACAAUCAGGUUUAAGAGCGGGAGGAAAAAAUAA